UGAUUGGCUGCCGUUGUGAGUUCAGAGGUUAGCUUAUUUGGUAAUGUUGUUAUGUACCCAGCUGCUGAGAUGUGUGUUAUCUGUUCAUUAUUGUAACAGCUGUUGCUCUUUGAGACUUCUGUUACAUAAAAGUAGUGCACGAAUGUGCUAUCGCUUGAUCAUUUGAUUCGUUUUGCACUUUUACACAUUUGUUUUGAUCGGUGAUAACUUCGACAUGCUAAUGCUAGCUGUAUAGCUACGUAGCUUGGUGAGAAGUCUCCUAAAUGUCAUGUUGUAUCGAAACCUGACCUUGUAGUAGCAGUGAGCUGGAAGGCGACUAGAAUGGCUUCUGCCAGAGCUAUGACAUCAACCAGGCUUCUGUGUUUAUUCAAUACUACAGCAGCAGGCUCCAUCAAAACAUUAGCCAGGACAGGGUGCAGAGUGUGUCUUACAAGAAAUAUGAGCAGUUCACCUCCAAGGCUGCAAGGCUGCAUGUCAGCAUGGACCAUUGAUCAGUAUGGCAGUAAUGGUGUUCUGAAGUACACAGAAGAAAUCACCGUUCCCACGAUUAGUUCUGCCACUGAGGUGAUGAUUAAAGUCCAUGCAGUGAGUCUCAACCCCCUUGAUGUAGCUAUGAGGGGUGGCUAUGGGGCUAAACUGCUGAAGUUAAGAAGAGAUCCAUUAUCUGUGAUGGACAAUGACAGUGAGUUUCCUCUCAUUCUUGGUCGUGAUUUGUCUGGUGUAGUAGUGGACUGUGGAUCUGGGGUUACCCAUUUUGCCCCGGGAGAUGAGGUGUGGGCUGCUGUUCCCCCAUGGAAACAAGGCAGCCUGGCCGAAUAUGUGACUCUAACAGAGUAUGAGGUUUCCCAUAAGCCAAAAGUACUGAGCCACAUAGAGGCAGCAUCCAUUCCCUAUGUAGCCAACACUUCUCUGUCUGCACUUGUCAAUGGAGGUGGUCUUUGCAGAGACAGUUCUUCAAAUAAAAGAGUUUUAAUCACUGGAGGAUCAGGAGGUGUUGGAACAUUUGCUAUUCAGCUGUUGAAGGCUUGGGGCGCCCACGUAACGGUCACCUGCUCUCAGAACGCCGUGGGUCUUGUUAGAGGGCUGGGAGCUGAUGAGGUGCUGGACUACACAGCAGGAGAUGUGGUUGAACAACUAGAAAUGAUGGAGAAAUUUGACGUUGUUUUUGACGGCGUGGGUGGGGACACAGAGGAGUGGGCGAUGGGCCUGCUAAAGCCCUGGUCUGGUGCAAAAUACGUCACACUGGUAACACCUUUGCUUCUCAACACCGACUCUAUGGGCCUUUUGGAUGGUACAUUGAAUGCUGGUUGCUCUCUGCAGAGCAAGGCCAUUCAGAAUUUAUUAUCCAGUGGAGUCUUCUAUAGGUGGGGAUUUUAUGCACCAGAUGGACCUGCCCUGGAUGAAGUCAGCAAGCUGGUAGAUGCAGGGAAGAUCCUGCCUGUUGUGGAGGCCCAGUUCUCAUUUACUCAGGUGCCUCAGGCUUUUCAGAAGCUCGAGAAGGGCCACGCCAGAGGGAAGACUGUAGUCAGGGUGGCUGAAGAGGACGACAGACAGACUGAAGAGCUGGUGCAGGACAGCAGCACGGAGACUGCAGAGUCAGUGCAAGAAACAGCCAAGCAAAGCUAAGUAGAGGAAAGCAGGUGCCUAGAGAGUUUCUGUUAUGAUCCUUCUCACCUCCCCUUCACCAUCAGCAGAGUCUGUUUUGUAGCAGACUGCAGUCGUGACCUGCGCUUGUAAUUAGAAGAUACCAGAAGUUGUAUCUCUUGUUAACGCGCCUUCUGUACUGUACUUGAAGUUUUCACAAAGUACUCGAGGUGUGCUGUGUUCAUCAUGGUGAAA